CUACUUUUGGAGCACAGCCACGCUACUUUUUAACCUUCAGAUCUGGCAACGCUGAAGGAGCGUUGAAAUCUCGCCGCUUUUUGUUUUCAGUUCAGUCAUGUUAUCACUCGGUGUUCAAAGCUUAUCGAGGAACACGAUAUAUGCAGUUGCUGGAGUAUGUGGAACUCUCUUUAUUGGUUACUGCAUCUAUUUUGACCACAAGAGACGUAGCGAUCCGCUCUUCAAACAGAAAUUGAGAGAAAAAAGAGCUAAAUCAAGACAGCAGAAAGAACAAAGAGGAAAAAGUACCAGUAAAUUUCCAGAUUUGAAAGAUUAUGAAGGUGUGCAAAAAUUUUUUAUACAAGAAAUUCAAAUGGGAGAAGAGCUACUUACACAAGGAGAAAUUGAAAAUGGUGUUGAACAUCUUAGUAAUGCUGUAGCAGUAUGUGGACAACCCCAGCAAUUGCUUCAAGUAUUACAGCAAACUCUUCCUCCACAAGUGUUCCAUAUGCUAAUACAAAGAUUACCAGCAAUUAGUCAACGUUUGAACAGUAAUUCUUUGGUUGAAGAUGAUGUUGAAUAGCCAGAUUUCUUUACAGAUACAAACAUGUUAUUAUAUGUAAAAUUUUAUGAAUUUGCCAUUGUCUUUAUUA